AUGGCCACUCUAAUUUCAGAGCUCCCAUUGGCAUUACCACCAAUACUCGACAACAUUGACUGGUUUGUUGGCAGAUGGGAGUGCAGAACUACCGCUGGAGAACGUUUCCCCGAGCCGUUAACGGGACCAUACAAAGAGGUCCUCGACGUCCAAAUCUCCGAGGUUCCCAUGUUUGACAGACCACCAGUAAAUGUGACCACAACAGCUAUAACCCUCGAUGGCCAAGACAUACAUACUGAGGUCGGUUUUAUGACAAGUAAACCUUUCAAAGAGGACACAGGCUUUGUCGAAUUCAAUAAGCCAGCGCAUGGAGAUGAUCAGGUUGCAAUCGAGACAGUUGGAAACAAUGGUUAG